UUGGCGCGGGCACGCUGGCGAGAAGGUGGAGGCUCGGCUCGUCGGGAGAAACUUGUGCGGCCGGAAACUUUGACAAACAGCGUCCAAUGUCGGUCACUUAGCGGCGGGCAAUUCCAAGUGUAUGCUGUUGUCGAACUCUCGCCAUGUCUGACGAGGGAGAAGAAAGCGACGGCGGCGAGAGAGCGCACCUCUCCGACUCUCCAUCCCCGUCUCUGUGUCUCCCCCGCGGGUCUCCGUCCCCUCAGCGGCCCCUGGACUUCUUCUCCUCAGCCUCCCCGCUGCUGGACGACACGGACCCGCCGUACCUCGCCUCCCCGGAGUGUCUUCACCCCUCCCCAGAGAACCGGGACCCCGAGGACUCCCCACGUUUUACGCCGCCAAAGUUCCGCGAGCGCACCGGGGAUUCCGGCUCACCGUUCCCCUCGCGGCGGGAUGUGCCGGUGGACGCGGUGUACGACCGCCACGAUGACCCCGUUCCCAAGUGGAGAGGACGAGGCGCCGCGACCGCUGAGCACUUGCAGCACCGCGGGCCGAGACCCCAGCGGAGCCCGGAGCCGCCGGACCACGGGAACCAUCACAUAGUGGAGCACAUAGACACCGAGCUCAACUCCGAGAGCCGGCAAACGGUGGAAGCCAUGCAUCGCCGCCACACCACGGUGAGGGAGAAGGGGCGUCGCCAAGCAAUACGAGGCCCGGCCUACAUGUUCAAUGAACGCGGCUCGCCCCUCACUGCGGAGGAAGAACGUUUUCUGGAGGCUGCUGAAUACGGAAACAUUCCGGUGGUCCGCAAAAUGCUGGAAGAAUCCAAAACGCUAAACUUCAAUUGUGUUGACUACAUGGGCCAGAAUGCUUUGCAACUGGCAGUGGGCAACGAGCACCUAGAAGUGACCGAGCUGCUGUUAAAGAAGGACGGGCUGGCUAGGAUCGGGGAUGGCCUGCUUUUGGCCAUCUCUAAGGGUUAUGUUCGAAUCGUCGAAGCCAUUCUCGCCAACCCAGCCUUUGGCGGAGGUCUCCGGCUGGCUCUGAGCCCCCUGGAGCAGGAGAUGCGGGAUGAUGACUUUUAUGCUUACGACGAGGAUGGAACGCGUUUUUCGCAUGAUGUCACCCCCGUCAUCCUGGCUGCUCACUGCCAGGAGUACGAGAUCGUCCACAUCCUUCUGAUGAAGGGGGCGCGCAUCGAAAGGCCACACGACUACUUCUGUAAGUGUUCAGAAUGUUUUGAGAAACAGAAGCAAGACUCGUUCAGUCACUCGCGCUCCAGGAUGAAUGCUUACAAAGGCCUCGCCAGUGCAGCUUACCUGUCGCUCAGCAGUGAAGACCCUGUGCUGACUGCUCUCGAACUCAGCAAUGAACUGGCAAGACUGGCCAACAUCGAGACGGAGUUCAAGAAUGACUACCGUAAGCUGUCCAUGCAAUGUAAGGACUUUGUGGUGGGUGUGCUGGACCUUUGUCGGAACACAGAGGAAGUGGAGGCCAUACUGAACGGUGACGUAGAAAACUGCCCCCCAAGGCCCAACAACCGACCCUGCCUCAGUCGUAUCAAACUGUCCAUCAAGUACGAAGUCAAAAAGUUCGUUGCCCAUCCCAACUGCCAGCAGCAGCUCAUGACUAUCUGGUAUGAGAACCUGCCUGGUCUGAGGCAGCAGUCCGUGGGGGUGAAGUGCUGGACAGUGCUGGGGGUCACCGUAGGUUUGCCCUUCCUGGCCAUUGCCUACUGGAUAAUGCCAUGCAGCAAGAUCGGACAGAUCCUGCGAAGCCCCUUCAUGAAGUUUGUGGCUCACGCCGUCUCCUUCACCAUCUUCCUGGGUCUGCUGGUCGUCAACGCCUCCGACCGCUUUGAGGGCGUCAAGAACCUGCCCAACGAGACCAUCACAGACCACCCGCGGCAGGUGUUCCGGGUCAAGACCACCCAGUUCUCCUGGACAGAGAUGUUGAUCAUGAAAUGGGUGUUGGGUAUGAUCUGGUCAGAGUGUAAGGAGAUCUGGAGCGACGGGCCCAGGGAGUACCUGAUGCACCUUUGGAACGUGCUGGACUUCGGCAUGCUGUCCAUCUUCGUGGCAUCCUUCACGGCACGCUUCAUGGCGUUCCUCAAGGCGUCCAAAGCUCAGCAGUAUGUGGACAUGCAUGUACUAGACGAAGACCUGAGCAACGCCUCGCUGCCUGACGAAGUCGCUUACUUCACUUUCGCCAGGAACAAGUGGCGCCCCUCCGACCCCCAAAUCAUCUCCGAGGGCCUGUACGCCAUCGCCGUUGUGCUGAGUUUUUCGCGCAUCGCCUACAUCCUGCCGGCCAAUGAGAGCUUCGGCCCACUGCAGAUCUCUCUGGGGCGCACGGUCAAAGACAUCUUCAAGUUCAUGGUCAUCUUCAUCAUGGUGUUUGUGGCCUUCAUGAUCGGCAUGUUCAACCUGUACUCGUAUUACCUGGGAGCCAAAUACAAUCCUGCCUUCACCACCGUGGAGGAGAGUUUUAAGACUCUCUUCUGGUCGAUCUUCGGGCUGUCGGAAGUGAUCUCCGUGGUGCUCAAGUACGACCACAAGUUCAUAGAGAACAUCGGCUACGUGCUCUAUGGAGUCUACAAUGUCACCAUGGUGGUCGUCCUCCUCAACAUGCUCAUCGCCAUGAUCAACAACUCUUACCAGGAGAUAGAGGAGGAUGCCGAUGUGGAGUGGAAGUUCGCCCGAGCCAAGUUGUGGCUCUCCUACUUUGACGAAGGACGCACUCUGCCUGCUCCCUUCAACCUGGUUCCCAGCCCGAAGUCCUUCUACUACCUGGUCCUCCGCAUCAAGUCCGGCCUGAUACGCCUGUGCAAGGCCAACGGACGUCGUCAUAACAACGAGCUAGAGAUGGGCAAGGUCAAUUCAGAGGGAAUGGAUGAGCUCUAUAGGCCUUAUCCCCGACCGGGAGAAGAGUUCAUGCCCCGGAAAUCCAGACAACAGCCGACCAGACAUCAGAUGAUCAUGAAGCGUCUGAUUAAGCGCUACGUGCUGAAGGCGCAAGUAGACAGAGAGAGCGACGAAGUCAAUGAAGGUGAGUUGAAGGAGAUCAAGCAAGACAUCUCCAGCCUCCGCUACGAGCUCCUGGAGGAGAAGUCUGAGGCCGCCGGAGAGCUGGCUCUGCUCAUCCAGCAACUUGGGGACAAGUUUGGCAAGAACACCAUGAGACACUGACAGGACUCACGGGAAGGAGAAGAGACGGACAGAGGGAAGAAGAUGUGAAAGAGGGUGGAAGCAGGGUGAGGACAGGUAGUUUUAAGGCCUUGAUAGUGGAAGAGGGAGAGAAAAGAAAGUGGAAGGGCGGAAUGUAGGGAGGGAAAAUUGCUUACAUAAGGCAAAAAGAAAAUGUUUUGUAUAUGCAAUGACCAAUUAGGGAAGAAUUUAAAAAAGAAGAUAGCUGCGACUGCAAGUGAGCAUGAGGUCAUUGGGUCAGAGGUGAAGUGUGUGUGUGUGUGUGUGUGUGUGUGUGUGUGUGUG